GACGGGGACGCGCUCGCCGCCGCGCUCCGGAUAGCCCCGAACUCCGCUCCACAGCCGCGGGGCCUGCGCCCUGACGUCAGCGCGGUGACGUAUAACGCCUCUCCGUUCCCACCCAUCCGCCGGGCGGCGGCGGCGGCCCAAAGGCCGCUUCCAUGGCGGCCCCGGGGGGCGGGGCCUGCGGGGACGAGGAGUGCGAGGUAGUGCGCGUGCGCGUACAGAAGACCGAAGGGCCGCAGCCGCCCGAAUUCCGCUCGUUUGCCGUGGAUCCGCAGAUCACCUCGCUGGACGUCCUGCAGCACAUCCUGGCUCGUGCCUUCGACCUGCAGGGGAGGAGGAACUUCGCCCUCAGCUUUGCAGCCCGCGACGCUCAGGGCCGGGAGAGCUUCAUGCCGCUGCUGAACGAUGGGGAUCUGGCAGCCGCCUUCACCACCGCCCGGCCCGCCCUACGCCUGCGCCUGGAUGUGCGCCCGGCAACCGACUGCCCGCUGCUGGAGGACUGGGACAUCAUCAGCCCCCGAGAGGUGGCGGCCGCUGAACCCCCUCCGCCCCCCCCGGCCGAGCGCCGCUCUCUGCUGGCUGCCGCCGUGCCCUUCACACAGGCGCUGUGGGCGCAGGUGGGCUCCGCACCCCUCAUCUCCUUACGCCCCUCAGUUGCACCCCAGCUCCCUCCCAGCAUCUCGUUGUACCCCCCCAUGUUUAUUGCCAGCACUUACGAUGUUUCUCUGCCCCCAUUUCCAAUGCUCCCGCUUCCUUUCUAACUUCCUCAGUCCUCCUCUACUAACUGUUGGCCCCCGUAGUGCUUCCAAUGCUCCUGGAUUGUCUCUGAGCCUUCUCUGUAUUUCUGGUUAUCCCCAAUCCCAUUCCCAGUUGCCCCACAGUCUCUUCCCAUCGCCCCAGUUCCCCCAGUUCACUCCUAAUCCUUUUUUAGUCCCACAAACCUGUCUCAGUAUUUUUCCAGUCCUUUAGCACUCCGUCUCCCAUUCUACGCCCCCCCAUUGCCACCCAGUUACCCCCCAGCCCCUUCCUCCUGUCCAUAGACCCACUCCCCAACAUUUCCCAGUCCCUCCCAGUGCCACCAGUUCCCCUUCUAGGUGGGCCGGACGUUGGCGAGGGCGCAGGCAGCUUUGGCCUGGUCCGACAGCACUUCCCAGACCCCCACCUCGCCGCCAUCCACCCCCCCUCCGCCUUGCGCCCCUCUGAGCGACGCCGACCUGCGCUCCUACCUGGGCCCCGGUGGGCGCCUGCUGCGGCCGCACGACCUCCGCCUGCACGUCUACCAUGGCGGCGUGGAGCCCGGGCUGCGCAAGGUGAGCUCACAGCCGUCUCCCCCACCCUGUUUUGUCCCCAAAUUUGUCUCCUUUUGCCCUAAUCUGCUCUCGUUUCCUCCCCAAAAGGUAGCGUGGGCUCAAAGUUGUCUCGCCUCCUCCUCGUUGUCCCCAAAUCUGUGUGUUGUUUCACCCCGAUUCUUUGUUGGUCUUCCCAAAAUGGUGGUGUGGGCUCAGAGCCUUCGCACUCACUUCUUUUUGCUCCCAAAUCUGCUUUCUUUGCCUCGUUUUUUUGUUGUUUCUUCCUCCAAAGGGAGUGCGGGCUCAGAGCUGUCUCUCCUACCCCUUGUUGGUUCCGGAUGUGCGUUAUUUUGCCCCGAUUCCUUGUGUUUUCCUCCCCAA